AUGCCCGCGCGCACACGGCACGCGAAAGGCGCAAAGGCGCCGGCCACGGUUGUGACAGAAACCGUGGAACCGGAAGAACAAGAAGAGGAGCAAUCCGAGCAAGAACAAGGCGACGAUUCAUUGCACCAACUCAAGUUCAAACAGACGCUCUCAUGGCGCGCCGGGAAAGCUAUACCAGUUGCAACUUUGCUACAACGUCUCGAGGCAUUGGGUUCGGAAUUGCGAAUGCUGGACCAAGAAGAGACGGACCGAAACUCGUUGACUAAAGUCUCACAAGAGCUUGCCGCAGGGCACUUAUUGGGGCAUAGGGAUAAAGGUGUUCGCGCAUGGACGGCCUGUUGUGUGGUUGAUAUCUUGCGCCUAUGUGCGCCUGAUGCUCCAUUUACCGUGGGUCAGUUAAAGGACAUUUUCACAUUGAUUGUGACGUCGAUAAUACCUGCUCUUGCCGACCCCUCCAAUGCAUAUAACGACCAGCACAUAUACGUUCUUUCGUCAUUGGCAGAUGUCAAAAGUAUUGUACUGCUCACCGACGUCCAUGCACCUGAUACCUUGAUACUUCCACUUUUCUCUUCUUGUUUCGAUAUAGUAUCAGGCUCCUCGAAGGCCUCAACUGGAGAAGACCUAGCGAAGAAUGUUGAAUAUGAUAUGACGCGACUACUCGCCCCAAUUAUUGACGAGGCACCUAGCUUGGCGCCAGAAGUAGUCGAUGUGAUUGUCGCUCAGUUCUUACGCGUGGAUCCUCGAGCCAUAGACCAGUCCCUAGCCACCCCUACCACAAAAGGUAAGAAGGGUGCUACUGGAGUGAUUGAUGCCAAACAAGGCACUCUACUAUUAAAGGACUACCCACCAGCUUAUAACAUGGCAAAAGCGAUCUGUAAUGCUUGCCCGGAGAAGUUGACAAGCUAUAUCAGUCAGUACUUUAAUAACGUUAUCCUGGACGCUUCGGGGCCUUCAGGCAUGAAUGGGCUGAAACACCGUCGAAAUAGCUUAGACGACUCAGAAGACGAGGGUGAGAAUAUCAAAGAUCUCAACAAAGCCCACAGGCUAAUACGAGAGCUAUGGCGCGCUUGUCCUGAUGUGUUGCAAAAUGUGAUUCCACAACUGGAAGCUGAGUUAUCUGCUGAUUCAAUUUCCCUCCGUCUACUCGCAACUCAAACUAUCGGAGAUCUAGCAGCGGGUAUCGGUGUGGCAGGCCCGCCUCCAGAUCCAUCCAUGGACCCUGCUGCUUACCCCCAAUAUUCGUUAACUAAUGACACGGAGUCUAUCUCCCCAACCAAUGCUCUCCUAAACCCUCUCUCGCCUAAACCAUUCUCACAAGCGCAUUCCUCCGCCUACGAAAGCUUCCUUUCCCGCCGCCAGGAUAAGUCUGCAUCUGUACGAGCUUCGUGGGCAACCGCAGUUGGGAGGAUACUGCUCACCUCGGCAGGAGGUACUGGAUUGAAUGCUGCUGAAGAAAAGAGUUUGGUCGGUGGACUUACCAAGGUGCUUGGAGAUGCUGACGAGAAAGUUCGAAUCGCGGCGGUAGAGGUCAUUGCAAAAUUUGGCUACAAAGAUGUCAUUAAGAAACUUGGGGCUGAUGGCGGGCUCUCAGAACCUGAAUCCCUUCUUUCGGUCCUAGCAGAGCGAGUCAAGGAUAGAAAACACGCAGUGCGUGAACAAGCAAUGACUGUACUAGGCAGGAUGUGGGCAGUAGCAUCCGGAGAUAUUGAGGCAAACAACGAUGAGGUUGUAACCGUCUUGAGGGACGCGCCUUCAAAAAUUUUCGAUGCCUACUAUACAAACAACCUUGAUCUUCAAGUACUUCUUGACCAUGUGAUUUUCGAGGUGCUUUUACCCUUAACUUACCCUCCGGUUAAAACGAAAGCGGGCAAGGGGGAAUCACGGAGGACUAAGACGUUGAAGGACAGCCAAGGGAACGAAAUUGACGCAGAUGAUAUUCGUGCCCGUCGAAUACUCACGUUGGUCAAAGGACUAGAUGAGAAAUCCAAGAACGUAUUUUUCGCAUUCCAAACUCGACAGCUGAAGAUGAGGACCUUUAUAACCUUUUACUUGGACGCAUGCGAGGAGCACAACGGUGGUGUUAUAAACAAAAAUGAAGAGGCUGUUAAAAUUAAGCUCACGAGGGUCAUUGAUAACCUCUCGAAAAUGCUCCCAGAAUCUUCACGAGCAUCUGCAGACCUGUGGAAGUUUGCAAAGAUGCACGACAGGCGCGGCUAUCAGCUUAUCCGGUUUGCCAUGGCUGCUGCGAGCGAUUAUCGUACUGUGGCGAGGGCAAUAAGAGAGCUGUCAAACCGCAUUACCUCUAGUACAUCGGCGACUACAACCAUGCUCGAAACCCUGAUCCCUCUGAUAUAUCGCAGCAGUUCCCUGAUUUUCAACAGAAGCCAUAUACCUCGGAUCAUGAAAAUAUCAAGGACGGAUGAACAUGGGCUGGGUAAUACAGCACACGAGAUUUUACGCGAAACGUCCUCACAAAACCCAGAGGUGCUAGAAACACACGUUCAGGAAAUGUGUAAAGAUUUAGAGUCACAGGCACCCAGCGCGAAAGACAGUGACGAUCCAGGCGUAGAAGAAAUUCUCAAGGCCUGUGCUGGAUUUGCCAAAAAGUUGCCAGCAAAGCUUCCCACCCAUAAACAAUUCCAGGUCGCCUUGACGAACUACGCGCUAUAUAGCUCUUCUCCCGUGGCUGCAAAGUGUGCGGUUUCUAUAAUUAUGGCAACCGCGGACAAGAGAGAAAUGUACGCACGGGAUUUGGUCAAGAGGAGCGUGCAGAAGUUCAGUUACGGGUCAGACCAUUUCCUCACGAAAUUAGCGGCUCUCUCCCAACUCACCCUCCUCGCCUCUAAAGAGGCUGAUAAGGAGGAGGAUGCUAUCCUGAAUAUUGCCACUGAACAGAUCUUAUUCAAGAACCGUGACCCAAAAGCAAAAUCUGGGUAUUCCUGGUCAGAAGAGGUUGAUGAAGAGCUGUUAGCGAAAGAAUGGGCCCUCAAAAUCCUUGUGAAUCGCGUUCGUUCUAGGGAACAUUCUGAUGAUGACGAGGAGUUCAGGCAGUACGCAGAUUCCGUUUAUGCCAUUCUUAACACUCUCAUCGAGAAACAAGGAGAGCUCUCAAAGACUGGAGAUACUCCGCCUGCACAAAAGUCCAGGCUUCGGUUGCUGGCUGCCAAACUAGUUGUUAAACUAUGUGCAUCGAAGACAGCCUGUGACCGCAUGUUUACUCCUCAGAAUUUCAAUACCAUUGCUCUUGUGACCCAAGAUCCUCUACUCGAAGUGAGACGAGGGUUCGUUGGGCAAGUCAAAAAGCGACUUGUACAAACGCCGAAUCUCAACCCUCGGUGGUACAUCAUUGCGUUUCUUGUCGCGUUUGAACCCAAUGCCAACCUCUAUGAAAGCACCCUUACGUGGCUCCGAUCACGAAGCUCCUUUUUCUCCCGCCGCCCUGGCGGUUCCCUAGGGCAAGAUAACCAAACGACGAUGGAGGCUCUCUUUGCUCGUCUUCUCUCCCUUCUCGCUCACCACCCUGACUAUCCACCUGAAUCGUCCGAUGAAGCUAGCACGGUGGAUGAUCUGGUUGAUUUCACUCGAUACAUCCUCUUCUACCUCUCCGCAGUCGCUAACGAAAAUAACCUCUCAUUAAUAUUCCACAUCGCACAACGUGUCAAGCAAACACAGGACGCAAUUUCGGAUGCAGAGUUAACCUCGACCAUGUCGGCCCGACUACACACGCUUUCAGACCUAGCGCAAGCUACGAUCCGGCGGUUUGCAGAAUUCUAUUCUCAACAACACAAAAUUGGUGGAAGUGGAGGCAGCGGAGUUGCCAACAUUCUUCAGACAUUCCCUGGUAAAAUGCGGCUGCCUGUCAGUCUCUUUGCAAAUAUCGCAAGUCACCAAGAGGCUCAAUCAAUAGCUGAGAAAAAUUUCCUACCGGAAGAGGUCGAGGACAAGUUAGAUCGAGUUGUACGAAGGUUCAUGAAACCGAAAGCUACUGCCACAAGCCUUCACACAUCCGCGGUAGCGGGGAAGAAGCGAAAGAUCGAAUCUAAGCCUAGUAAGCAAAAGGCUGGCGAUGACGAUAAUGAUGCAUAUGGAAAUGGUGGGUCUUCAAAAAAGCCACGAAAGGAGAAAAAAUCAACUUCUCGAACCGUUCCGAUUCGCAAGAGGGUAACGGCAAGCGGUGAGGCCUCAAAGGAGCCCGGACGCAAGAAAAAGAAGGGCGAAGACGCGUGGGGCUCCGACGAUGGUGAUGAGGAUCGCUCCUCGCCUGCGGCUAGACGGAGGAGUGGUCGCGGUACAAAGAUACACGUCAGCUAUGUCGAAGGUGACAGUGAUGAGGAUGACAGGGCUAUGCUAGCGUGGGACGAAAGAGCAACAAAGGGGAAAAAGAAAUCAGAAGUUAUUGCGGAUUCGGACGAGGAAGACGAUAAUGACAGUGCCAGGGAGGAAGAGGACGAUGACGAAGAGCAGGAUAGCAAACUUCCUCCCCAAAAGCAGCAGCACACAGAGGCCAUCGAAGAUACUGAUAUGAGUGAUGUACCUCAAGAUUUAUCCACUCCGGCUGUAUCCUCAUCUCCACCCCCUGAACCAUCUUCACCAGUUGCUGAAACCCCAAAACCAAAACGAGGCCGGCCAGCGAAAUCCGCAUCCAAACCUCUAAAGAAACAGCCAGGCAGGCCGACAAGAAAGAGCGCUCGGGGUUAA